CAACUCUUGUCAAUCCCUAUUGGAGACAGUUUGUGCAAAUUUUUGUUUACUUUUGUCAUGGCUGACGUGUUCGAUGCGAGUGUAUUUACGGCCAGCUGUAGAUGGUGUCAGAUCUGAAAUUGAAAUCCAAAGCUCAAAAUAAAAAGAAGAAGAUGGUGUCAGGACACGAUGGUAGUCGGCGGUAAUACGCGGCAGUGCGUUAUCAUUCUUCAUUAAGGGCAUUGGCGAAACUAAGCUGCCCUCAGCAGCGCGAAACAUGGGUGACGAUAAUAAAAAUAAUAAUAAUGGGCAGACGAACGGGUGUACUCGAUGCUACGGAGAUAGACGCUACUAUUAGCGAGCUCGAGGUGCUCAUCGCGUCGUCAGAGGGACGGGAGGUCGAGGAGGAAAAGGAGGAGGCGGAGGCAUCGACGUCGGCGUCGGCGUCGACGUCGGUGUCGGAGGACGAGGAGGAAGCAAAUAUAUGCAACGGGUGGUCCGCGACGACGAGAAUGGAGUCGCGGCACCCGCGCAGACACCGUCUACGCAGCGUCGUCGGAAUAUGCUUGUUCCUCGCGCUGACUGGAAUCGUCUACCUGGGCUACUUCUGCCCAGAUCACGUGUGCGCGUUGACCAGUCGUGAGAUCAAAGAGCCCGUUAGGUUGUCCGAGAGCCUGUCCGUCGCCGCUGCUGUGCCGCCCGUCGUCGUCGGUUCCGCCGCAUUGUCUUCCGUAUCCGUCGAGCUCGACAGGAACGGCCUGCUCUCGGUGCAUCCUGCCUUCAAGUUGCAGAGCAUCCAAGGUAGCCUAGGCUACGAUGAUGUCUUUGCCAAUGAUACUUUUCAGUUUGACAUUAACGCUCACGACGUUAUGGUCUUCCUUCAUAUACAAAAAACAGGUGGCACAUUGUUUGGUAAACAUCUGGUGCGAGAUCUAGAGCUGCAGAGACCGUGCUCGUGUCAACGACGGCGCAAGCGUUGCUUCUGUUUCCGUCCAAAUCGUAACGAAAACUGGUUAUUCUCGCGAUAUUCCACCGGCUGGAAAUGUGGAUUGCACGCGGAUUGGACUGAAUUAACGAAUUGCGUAGACAUGGAGCUCAAUAAAAUCGAAGGGGAAGGCAUUAAACGCCGUUACUUUUACGUAACUAUUAUAAGGGAUCCCGUUGCAAGAUAUCUCUCCGAAUUUAGGCAUGUGCAAAGAGGUGCUACGUGGAGAGGUGCUCGCCACUGGUGCGGAGGUACUCAAGCAAAUAUACCCCAGUGUUACGAUGGCCCCAAUUGGAAAGGUGUUACCCUGGAAGAGUUUAUGGAAUGUCCCUACAAUUUGGCGAGAAACCGUCAAACUAGAAUGCUCGCAGAUCUAUCGAUGGUCGGCUGUUACAACUCGACUCUCAGCAAAGCCGAUAAAGACCGUCUAAUGUUGGCCAGUGCUAAGCACAACUUACAAUUCAUGCCUUUCUUCAUGUUGACCGAAUAUCAGAAGGUGGGGCAGUACACCUUUGAGGAAACGUUCAAAAUGCGAUUUGCGGUUGCAUUCGAGCAGCACAACGCUACCCUUAGCGCGGCCACUAUGGCAACACUUAGCGCGGAACAAUUGGAUGCCGUGCGUAGACUCAACAGUCUGGACUUGGAGCUUUACGAAUUCGCGAAGAAUCUCGCUUUUCAAAGAUUUAAACGGCUUAGAGAUCGUGAUCCACAUUUCGUACAACGAUUCCAACACCUCGGUGAAUUGCCAUCGAGGCAAAGUGCCACAGAAUUCAACUGGGAUUCUGUCAUUGAAGAUACCACGGAUAACGAAUGAUGUGUGAGUACAUUGUUCAGCAAUCUUCAAUGUUUUGCGAUUCGAUACCAAGCAUCGUUACUGGAUCUGAGCGUCUCAGGGAAGCAUCCUUGAAACAGAAUAUUUUACGUAUAAAUCAUCACACAUUUGUUUGCGUAAACUUUACCAAAACACAGAAAUGUACUUGGAUAAGACCAAAGAAAGGUUUGAAGACCUUAACGUGAUGAACCUGACAGUAUCUUGACAGCAGCUAAAAACAUAAAAAUUAUUAUCUAAUACAUAUGAUUUGUUCUAUUCUAAGAUAAUCGGGACCGAGCUUUUUUUUAUUCUAAUUUGGUCGCUAUUUAGUCGCGUAAAAAAUGUGAAUACUAAUAAACAAAAAAAUCCCAGUUCGGAGGAUAAUACAAGUUGAAAUAGAAGAGAAUCUAGAAUGAAGAAAGUCGAUUCUAACAAUUGCAAAGAUUGUUUAUCGUAAAAUGCUCGCAAAUUUUCUAUAAAGGUUCUUCCAUAUAACAUAUUUUUGCUUACAACUAUACAGAUAGUCGCUGAUUUUUUUACAUUUAUGACUCAUCUGCAAAUUAUUGCCAUAUGCGCCAAAUAAUGUUUUUUCUAACAUUAAUUUGUACAUACCUUUUUACGUUUAUUAAUUUUUAUAUUUUUUUUGUAUGAACUCUAUACAGAUAUUUGUUUUUAUUCUAUCUGAGAAUUUACAUAAACAGUGUUGUAACACGCUGCUAUAAUAUAAUGUUGAUUAUAUUCAUAUAUAUUGAUUACAUUCAUAUAUGUAGAUAUACAUAUAUUAUAACUCACUACAUUUUAUACAGGUGAUAAUUGUUUACAGUCAAAAGAAAAAGACAAAUGUAAUCUUUUAGAGAAAAAAAUGAAAAUUAAUUUUUAUUUUAUAUUGUCAUUUAUAAAAUCCUGUUUCUCUGCAUUUUCCAAAAUAUUUUUUCCAAAGUUUGUAUUUCAUCUCUAACAAAAACUUGUAGUGGGUACAUCUUUUGUACGUGAAUCAAUCUAAAUCACAGACGAUUUUUUUAGUUUAAAAAAUCUUUUUGAAAAAUUUCUCAUUAGAAAGAAUACAUGAAUCAGAAAGCUCAUAGUUUGGAAUGUAUAAACGUUGAAUUAUAUAAUUUUAAUAAUUAUUGUAUUGAAUUUACAAAUAUAUACGACAAAUACUGCUAAUUAUUGCACAAAUAUUUUAAUCACGUCAGUGAGAGAUCACGUUUUGGUUAAAAAAUGAAGAGAACCUGUGAGAUCUCAAGUUAUCAUUCACACAUUGUCAUUUAUAGAAAACUAAGAAUAAUGGGGCAAAGGCAAUUUUUCAACGUUUGUACAUUUUAGCAUAUGCAUUAUACAAUUUUUUGUAUCAUUAAAAUAUCUUUGUAACUAAAAGGUAUAUGGAUAUCGACUUACACUUUUGUAAAUAUUAUCUGAAAGUAUAUAUUUUUUAACCAAAUUAUUUGUAUUGCCAUAAUUGAAACGAAUUCACAUUAGCUCUGUAUGGAAAUGUUUUGUAUCAUUUAAAAUGUUUAAAUGAUAAAAAUGCUAACUAUAGUAAAUGAUAUGUUAAUUGAUGUAUACGUAUGUUUUUGAUAAAAAUGUCUAAAAAUGGAAAAAAAAGAUAUCCAUUUUCCAUCGUUGCUUUAUACAUUGUCCAUAGGGAGAACGAUCGAUUAACGGCCCUAUAUUCGGUUAAUUUGUACAAUAUACAAUUUGUAGAAUGUGCUACACUGUUCAUUAAUUAUAAUAUUUUCUAAGCAGCGUUCAACAUUCAGAUGAUUACAUCGUUAUAACGAAAAUCCCGCUUAUAUAUAUAUAUAUAUAUAUAUAUAUAAAAUUUCAUAAAUUAUUUAAAUUAUUUUAUCGCAGGCCUACAUAGUUUAAUUGAGCGACGAUAUAAUGCGUCGGAUGUGAUCAUUGUUUGUAUAUUGAAAUUAGUCAUGCUACUUUAACAAACAAUUAAUGUUGAGACUUUACAUGCAAUGAAAGUGCAAUAAGGCGACUGCGAUCGAAAGAGAGAGAGAGAAAGAGAGAGAAUGGGUUACCAUUAUAAAUAUCUCAUAUCAUCCAGUCAUAAAGUAAAUAUAAUACAACUGUUAGAGUUAUGUAUCUAAUAAUUAGUUAAUAAUAGAUUAUGAAGGCUCUCUUGAGGGUGUAAGGAUGGUCUUUCGAAUGAAUACAAUAUAAAUAUAAAUAUACACAUACGCACACACACACACACGCACACACUCGCGCGCGCGCGCGCGCGCGCACACACACACACACACACGCACGCACGCACACACACAACACACAUAUAGCAAGUUGUAUAAGAAACAGAGUGCCAUAAAAAUCCUGUAUUUAAAAAAAAUGAACUGCUAAAGAUAAACGGUUACAUUACAUUUAAUACAAUAAUAGAGAUUUCAUUAUGGCAAAUAAUAUAAUAAAUUAAAAUAACAUUGUUUCAAUCGAAUGACCUAUUUAUAUAGUAUAAAUGCAUAAUGUUAAGAGUGUGACAUUAAUGAUAUUAAUAAUGAUUUAGAACUAAUAUUAAGGACCAAAGAUUUGAUAUAUGUUUCAGCAAGUAUUGAGGAAGCUUGCAGCACAAACAAUCGUAAGAAACUUUUUAUACGCGUCGUUAGAUGAAAAGCUCAUUACGUCGAUGAUAAGCGCCCAGCGAUUACUUUAACAUUUCUCUUUUUAGCUCAUCAUUUUCAUAUCAGAAUUAAGGGCGUUUAUUUAACUGUGAUCGAUUCUUAUAUCGAAUAAAGAAAACGAUCUAUUGGGAAUCUGUUUGAUUAUAUUACAUGCGGUACUAUACGAUUUAUUUUGAAACAGAAUUUUACAAGUCGGAUGUAUAUGCGUGAUCUCACUACAUGUAUGUUUGAAAAACAUAUUGGUUUGUAUAGAUAAUAAUUGAAUUAUUCAAACAUUUGUACGACUAAGAAUGACGAUGACGAUGUAAAAAGAGAAGACGCAAGUUUUCGAUAUGUUAGAAAAAUUGAAACGUUAGCUUUAAUGUGUAAUACGAUAUUUAUAGCGAGAAAAAAAACUAUGAAAGAGAUAGCUAACGAGAUGCCAUGACACUAGCCUAAUAAAGCGAACAAUAGGCCUAAAGCCGUCGGUACCUUAUUUAAGCCAGUGUAUAUACCAUACCAUUAGUUUCUUAAGGUUCAAUAAAUCAUUAUGUAUACAAGGGA